AUGUACACUUUUCAACCAGAAGUACGUCUCGCAAAUGGCUCCAACCAUGCUAAAGGAAGAGUGGAGUUCUUGUAUAGUGAAUCUUGGCGAACUGUCUGUGGUGCCUCGUGGGAUCUAAGAGAUGUAAGAGUGGUUUGCAGAAUACUGGGGUUCGACGGUGCCCUGGCUGCGACACGAUCAGCAAGGUUUGGUCAGGGUGCUGGUGAUGUUCUUCGUGUCGAUUGCUGGGGAACAGAAGACAGCCUGGCCGACUGUCCAUACUUUGGGGCCAGCAUUCCGUGUGGACAUCACAUGGACGCAGGUGCCGUAUGUUAUUUAGGAGCCCAUCCGAACCCAUUCCAAGUUCGGCUUGUCAAUGGAUCGGACAGUGCUAAAGGCAGGGUAGAGGUCUUGCGGGACGGAUCAUGGGGAACUGUUUGUGGUGUUGGCUGGGAUCUGAGAGACGCGAGGGUAGUCUGCAGGAUGCUGGGGUUUGAUGGAGCAUUGGACGCACCGGGGUCUGCAAGGUUUGGUCAGGGCUCUGUUCGUAUUCUUCUAGAUAGGGUCAACUGUGACGGAACAGAAGACAACCUUGCAGAAUGUGGUUAUUCCGGGAAUGCACGUUACUCAUGGAGUCAUACAAGUGAUGCAGGUGCCAUGUGUUACUCAGGAGACCCAUUUAAAGUACGUCUUGUCGGUGGGUCUAACGAUGCUGUAGGCAGAGUAGAACUCAUGCAUGGUGGAUCUUGGGGAACUAUAUGUGACGACAGCUGGGAUCUGAGAGACGCGAGGGUGGUUUGUAGAAUGCUGGGGUUUGGUGGAGCCUUGGACGCACCGGGAUCUGCUAGGUUUGGUCAGGGCUCUGGUCGUAUUAUUCUAGAUGUCGUCGGAUGUGACGGAACAGAAGUAAACGUAGCAGAAUGUAUUCAUCGAGGGAUUGGAGUACAUUACUGUGGACAUGAUGAAGAUGCGGGCGCUAUUUGUUACAAUGGAGCCCAUCCAAAUCCUCUCGGAAUAAGGCUCGUCGAUGGAUCCAGCAAAGCUGAAGGAAGAGUGGAGGUCUUCUACGAUGGGUCCUGGGGAACUAUCUGUGAUAAUGGCUGGGAUCUCAGAGACGCGAGGGUCGUCUGCAGAAUGCUGGGGUUUGAGGGAGCCUUGGACGCACCGACAUCUGCAAGGUUCGGUCAGGGAUCUGGGGAUAUACUUCUCAAUCUUGUUGGUUGUGACGGAACGGAGGGAAAUCUUGCGGACUGUGCACAUCUUGGGUUAGGUGUCAAUUACUGCAGACAUGAAGAGGAUGUUGGUGCCAUCUGUUACUCGGGAGCCCAUCCAAACUCUGUUGGAGUACGGCUCAUGGGUGGAUCCAACAGUACUGAAGGCAGAGUGGAGAUCAGAUACAACGGCACCUGGGGAACAGUUUGCGACGAUGGCUAG